ACUAUAAUACAGGAAGCACCGACGCUGACAACUCGGGAUGCUGAAAUAAUAUUUGAGUGCGAAGAGCAUUCAGCUGUUUUAUAUUUGGCCAGAACAGUAAUGUUGGCAUAACUAGACCUCUGACAUGCAUUGCCAUAUUAUAAUUGCUGUGAUUCUAUGGUCUGUUGGUAUAGAGUCGCGGAAAUUGAGAGGAAUUUCUCUGUCGUAUAAAAGAUUCUACAGAGAAAGAAAGUCCUUCCUGUGUAUUGAUGGGUCCAAAAUGAUUCCCUUUGAGCAAGUGAAUGAUGACUACUGUGACUGUGCCGAUGGCUCAGACGAACCAGGCACAUCCGCCUGUCCUAACGGCCGAUUCCACUGCGCCAACCUGGGCUUCCGCCCUCACUAUAUCCCCUCAUCGCGCGUCAAUGAUGGCAUUUGCGACUGCUGUGAUGCUUCCGAUGAGUAUAACAGUCACACACGCUGCCAGAACUCCUGCAGGAAUCUGGGACGGAGGGAGCGAGCGGAGGUGGAGGGUCAGAUGAGGACUCUGGACGAGGGACUCCGGCUCAAGCAGCAGCACAUCGAGGAGGGGGUUUCGCUGUGGAGGGAGAAGCAGGCCCAGCUCCGAGACCUGCAGCGUCUGUCUGAGGACCUGCAGACCAAAGUGGAGGAGCACAGGAGGAGCAGAGGAGAGGUGGAGAGGCUCGCCCAACAGGAAACGAGGGCUCCGGAGGCGGAGGAUAACGGUGUCAGAAGUCAGAACAGGACGGCAAUCAGCAUUUCCCACACGUUGGACGGCAAUAACGAGAACAGGUGAGGACACUUGAAUCAUUCCCCCGACACGU